AUGGCCGGAAGAUCUUCAAAACGAGUCAAGCUCGACUCCAACCCAAGUCACGGUCCAUCGGCCUCGCAGAGAUCGCCUCCAUACAGCAAUGUCGCGGACCCAGCAUCCAUCCGGGUGAAGAGAGCCGCGUUCCUCAGUUCAAUCUCAAGGUCAAUCUCACCUCCAGGCAUCUCAAGAUCGGGAACAACGACGCCGCAGCCGCAGACCCAGACGAGCGAGAGCCCAAAAAAGGACGAUCCUCCUCGUCCUCCGCUACCUCAGAUUGAAUCACCCAAGCGAGUCCACGCAGAUUCAGACAGUCAAUACACCAACAUUGAUUCCAGCCAAACCUCUACAGCGAAGCUCGUUCCCUCUCCUUUCAGACUCACGACCAUACGUGACCUUCCGCCUUCCAAGAACGCUGAUACUGUCUCACUACAUGACAUCCUCGGGAAUCCGCUGAUCAAGGAAGCAUGGAUCUUCAACUACUGCUUCGAUGUCGACUGGCUGAUGACCCAUUUCGAUCCCGAUAUUCGCCCCAGUGUCAAAGUAAAGAUUCUUCAUGGCUCGUGGAAGAAUGACUCUCCAAACAAGAUCCUCAUCGACGAUGCGUGUCGGAGAUGGACCAAUGUUGAAGCCGCGACUGCUUAUUUGCCUGACCAUUUCGGAACUCACCAUAGCAAGAUGUUCAUUCUCUUUACCCACGAUGACCUUGCGCAGGUUGUUAUCCACACAGCCAAUAUGUUGGAGAAGGACUGGACCAACAUGACCCAGGCAGCAUGGCUGUCUCCUAUGCUACCACUUCUAGAAGGCAAGGAGGUGGACAAACCGGGCAAGAUAGGAACUGGGACGAGAUUUAAGCAUGAUUUGCUCGCCUAUCUCACCGCAUAUGCAUCAAAAACAAAGGACCUGCAGGAACAACUGGCCCAAUUCGAUUUUAGAACCGUCAGAGGUGCCCUUGUUGCUUCCGUACCGUCACGAAUGAAGGAGUCCUCAACCGCGCAGAAGAACGAGGUCGCAUGGGAUUUGAAGCUCUGGGGCUACCCAAGUCUGUUGCGAGCGUUGAGAUCGAUUCUCCCAAAACAACGGAAGACUAUACCCUCCAACAAGCAGACAAGCACAGAGUCACCGCAUGUUGUUUGCCAGAUUUCCUCAAUCGCCACCCUCCCACAGAGCUGGCUGAAUCAGUUCUUCCCCGUGCUCUACUCUACCCUGCAAUUUACCUCAACCAGUCCAGCACGUGAAUGGGAGCCCGAGCACGUCUCAAUCAUCUACCCAACACCUCACAACGUUGCGGCAUCGCUCGACGGGUACGCAUCCGGCGGAUCCAUCCACACAAAGGCACAAUCCACUGCUCACUUGAAACAAAUCACUGGCCUUCGAAGAUCAUUGUGUCAAUGGACCAGAGGCUCAAUCAAAGACGCAAGAGCGGGAAGAGACGAGGCGGCACCACACAUCAAGACAUAUGUGUGCUUUGCCAGCAAGCCGACGACGACGAAACCAAGACCGGAGGUGAAGUGGGCGUUGUUGACGAGCGCGAAUCUAAGCCAGCAGGCCUGGGGCACUCUCCGCGUGAAAGAUAAGGAGAUUGUCGUGCAGAGCUACGAGAUCGGCGUGCUUGUCUGGCCAGAGCUGUUCGCCGAGAACUUUGACGCCGAAGGCGUCAGUGAGACGGACGAGCACGGCGCAGUGGGAGAAGAGACCAGUGAUGCCCGAAAGAUAAAGAUGAUUCCCGUGUUCGGAGGAGAUACACCUCAACACCCUCCACAUACCUCGGACGACGUCGCCGAAGCAUCGCCUGGUCCCGAAACACUGGUCGGCCUGCGCAUCCCGUACGACCUCCCCCUUACGCCUUACGAGGACGGCGACAUGCCAUGGAGUCCGCAGGGCGUGUAUGAGCAGCCCGACCGCUGGGGUAGACGGUGGCCCAGGAAUUUCACCUGA